UGAGAACAGAAAUAGUUGUUUUCGUUUGCACGUGUUGAAAUCGAAAGCAUUCGCAUUGUAGCAUAAACAUUUGAUUUUAAAUUACAAUGAUGACGCUGUCGUCUGUCCAGAAGGCUCCUCCAGCCGCAGAUUCGUCCUCGGAUAGUGGAGAAGAAUGCGAGGUGAGCGCGUGCAACAGCGAAGGAAAUCCCGCCUGGGCAAGAACUAUUGCCAAAUUGUUGAAACAAAAUCCGCCGGAGAACCAAAAGAGAACGGUGCUCUCUCGGGCUAAGAAGUUGAAGCCCAACAAUGCUCGGGUCGACAAAGCUAAGAAAACGUAUGACUUUGAAAUCGAUGGAACCGAAGUCGAAGUGCCCAAAAAGGGCAAGGACAUCAAGAAGGAGAAGCCGUCCGAACUCGAUGCUCACCUGACGAGUCAACAGCGCAAAAAUGUGCCGCUGCAGCUGCGGGUCAAACCAAAUGCACAGGAUCUGGAGCGAGAGCGCAACCUGCGCAAAGUGGCAACAAGCGGCACGGUGCAGUUCUAUAAUGCGGUGCGCAUCCAACAGAAGGAGCUGCAACAGCAGCUGCAGGAUGCCGGCCCGCUGGACAGUCGCAAGGAUGCGGUGCUCAACAACAUUGACAAAGGCAAAUUCCUGGACGUAUUGAUGAGCGGCAAGCGUGCCAGGUCCGCGGCCAUAGACAAUAGGGUCAAGAAAGAGGAGCUGGAGUCGGGCUCGGAUGAUGAGGACUCAACAGAUGAUGAAAUGCCAAAAGACGCGGGCAACAAAAAGAAGUCCGAAUGGAAUGUGCUGCGCGAGGACUUUAUGACCAACAAGAAAAUCAAGCACUGGGAUGAAGAAGAAGAGGAACAAGAUGAUGAGAAGGCGGAAAGUGACGCCGCGGAUAGCGAAGAAGAUUAGCAUAUAAAGGUUUCUGUGCUAAUUCUAGUUUUUAAUAAAA